ACAUCGAGCUUUCACUAUCACUGGAAAGCCCAGAACUGAACCAAAAAAUGAUCACCGCCAUGCCGCCAGCUUGUUGUUACUAAUAAGAUGUUUAUUACACGUUAAAGCUUUAUCGUUGUUUUAUACUGAAAUGUAGUCUAUAUGAAUUGCCGUAAAGGCAAUUUUCGUUGUCGUCCAAAUUGUUAAAAAAAAGGCCUCACCAUUGCGAACAUAAUUCCUAUUAUGAUGCUGGGGCGCAAGCAGAGCCUCAAAGGGGAACCCGUCUUGGCCGAUUAUGGCCCAGAGGAGUCCCUCAAUGAGAGCGCUGAUAUAGAAUGGGUGAAUAAGCUAUGGGUGAGAAGAUUGAUGAGGUCUUGUGCUCUAGUAUCUUUAGCUUCUGUUUGCUUAAAUACUCCUAAGACUUUUGAAAAAGUUCCACCUCUUCAAUAUGUUACCUUUAUUUGCGAUUUAGUUAUUACGUUUUUAUUUACUGCUGAAAUGAUUGCUAAGAUGCACAUAAGGGGCAUACUGAAGUUACAGAGGGAUAAAUCUUAUUUAAAAGAUCAUUGGUGCCAAUUCGAUGGAAGUAUGGUCAUCUUUCUCUGGUUAUCUGUAAUUUUACAAAUGUUUGAGAUGCUAGGUUUCGAUAUACGGCUCACUCCCAUUUCGAUAUUGCGGGCACCACGACCUUUGAUUAUGAUACGCUUCUUACGAGUCUUCCUUAAGUUCUCCAUGCCGAAAGCUAGAAUUAAUCAAAUUUUUAAGCGUUCGAGUCAACAGAUAUAUAAUGUGACUCUUUUCUUCCUUUUCUUCAUGUCUCUUUAUGGUCUUUUAGGCGUUCAAUUCUUCGGUGAAUUGAAAAACCAUUGUGUUCUUAAUACUACAGAUCCGAAGUAUAUAACUAUAAAUAGUUUAGCCAUUCCUGAUACUUUUUGUUCUACUGAUCCUGAAUCAGGAUACCAAUGUCCAGAAGGAAUGACUUGUAUGAAACUCCAAUUGUCGAAGUACAUCAUGGGUUUCAAUGGAUUCGAUGAAUUUGCUACUAGUAUUUUUACUGUCUAUCAAACUGCAUCGCAAGAGGGAUGGGUUUUUAUCAUGUACCGUGCUAUAGAUAGUUUACCCGCUUGGCGUGCGGUUCUUUACUUUAGUACGAUGAUAUUUUUCUUAGCAUGGCUCGUGAAAAACGUAUUCAUAGCCGUCAUUACGGAAACUUUUAAUGAAAUACGAGUACAAUUUCAACAAAUGUGGGGUGUUAGGGGGCACAUCAGUAACAAUACAGCGUCACAAAUAUUAACUGGUGACGAUAAUGGUUGGAAAUUGGUAACUCUAGAUGAGAACAAACACGGAGGAUUGGCUUCUCCCAUAUGUCACGCGAUUCUUAGAUCUCCACAAUUUCGUAUGGUGGUAAUGUUCGUGAUUUUGGCAAAUGGAAUCGCCACUGCGACGAUGAGCUUCAAGCAUGAUGAGAAACCAAGGCAUAUGUACUAUGACAACUAUUACUACGCUGAAAUCGCGUUCACCGUAUUUUUGGACCUCGAGACGUUAUUCAAAAUCUGGUGUCUCGGCUUUCGCAGUUAUUACAAGCAUUCGAUUCACAAAUUCGAGCUGCUGCUGGCAAUUGGUACAACCCUACACAUCAUUCCGUUCUUCUAUCUUUCUGGAUUCACGUAUUUUCAGGUUCUUAGAGUAGUCAGACUCAUCAAGGCAUCACCUAUGCUCGAGGAUUUUGUAUAUAAAAUAUUUGGUCCGGGGAAAAAGCUAGGCAGCCUCAUUAUAUUUACCAUGUGCCUGCUAGUCAUAUCGUCCAGUAUUUCUAUGCAGCUUUUUUGCUUUCUUGAUUUCACGAAGUUUGAAACAUUUCCAGAGGCAUUUAUGUCCAUGUUCCAAAUCUUGACACAAGAAGCUUGGGUAGACGUUAUGGACGAAACAAUGUUAAGAACACAUGAAACAAUGGCUCCUCUUGCUGCUAUGUAUUUCAUAUUAUACCAUCUUUUCGUCACGCUGAUUGUGUUAAGUUUGUUCGUCGCUGUAAUUUUGGAUAAUCUUGAACUGGACGAAGAUAUCAAGAAACUGAAGCAAUUAAAAUUCCGCGAACAAAGUGCAGAGAUAAAGGAAACUCUACCAUUUAGGUUGCGAAUCUUUGAGAAGUUUCCUGAUAGUCCUCAAAUGACAUGUUUACACAAAGUGCCAUCAGAUUUCAAUCUUCCAAAAGUUCGUGAAAGUUUCAUGAGACAGUUCGUAUUUGAAAUGGAAACUGAAGAAAACGAAGGUGUCAAGAAAAUAAACGAAACUUUUGAUUCAAAAAUGAUAUAUAGGAAACAACGUCCAGUAAAAAUUUUAAAUAAUCCACCGAAAGUAAGAAACGUUGCUACAAAUCUUAAAAAAGCAGCUGUUAUCUAUAUUAUAAAUGAUUCAAAUAAUCAAAGAUUAUUACUAGGUGAUUCGGCUAUGAUACCAGUGCCAGGAAAAGGUCUUUUAAAGCCACAGGGUACUGUCAGUAGUGCCAAGCAACUUCGUUUUGACCAGAAAAAAUCAAUUAGAAGAAGCGUCCGUAGUGGAUCAAUCAAGUUGAAACAGACGUACGAACAUUUAAUGGAAAACGGUGAUAUCGGAGGUAUAAACAGAGUUAGCUCUUCUCGGAGUAGACCGCAUGAUUUGGACAUUAAAUUGUUGCAAGCUAAACGACAGCAGGCCGAGAUGCGAAGAAAUCAGCGUGAAGAAGAUUUACGCGAAAAUCACCCAUUUUUUGACACACCAUUGUUCGCAGUACCGCGUGAAAGUAAAUUUCGUAAAAUUUGCCAGUCGCUUGUUUACGCGAGAUACGAUACAAACGUAAAAGAUCCAUUAACUGGAAAAGAGAGGAAAGUUCAAUAUAAAAGCCUGCACAAUUUUCUUGGCUUGGUCACAUACCUUGAUUGGGUAAUGAUUUUUGCUACCACUAUGUCUUGUAUCUCUAUGAUGUUCGAAACACCACGAUACCGCGUAAUGGAAGUUCCGGCAUUGCAAAUUGCGGAGUACGGUUUCGUGAUCUUUAUGAGUAUCGAAUUAGCUCUGAAAAUUCUGGCAGACGGGCUAUUUUUUACGCCGAAGGCCUAUAUCAAAGACGUCGCCUCCGUGUUGGAUAUUUUUAUUUAUGUCGUCAGCCUCGUGUUUCUCUGUUGGAUGCCGAAGAGCGUGCCUCCGAAUUCCGGUGCGCAACUUCUUAUGAUCUUACGUUGCGUUAGACCACUAAGAAUCUUCACUCUUGUACCGCACAUGAGAAAAGUUGUUUAUGAAUUAUGUAGAGGGUUCAAAGAGAUCUUAUUGGUCUCUACUCUAUUGAUUUUACUGAUGUUUAUAUUCGCGAGUUAUGGUGUACAGCUCUACGGGGGUAGAUUAGCUCGUUGCAACGAUCCCACUAUUUUAAAACGAGAAGAUUGCGUUGGAGUAUUCAUGAGGAGAGUUUUUGUGACGAAAAUGAAAUUAAAUCCUAGCGAAAAUGAGAGCUAUCCAUCGAUACUAGUGCCACGCGUUUGGGCUAAUCCUAGAAGAUUUAAUUUUGAUAAUAUUGGUGACGCGCUGAUGGCACUUUUUGAAGUACUCUCUUUUAAAGGAUGGCUCGACGUUAGAGAUGUUCUUAUACAAGCUCUUGGUCCCGUCCAUGCUAUUUAUAUUCAUAUCUAUAUUUUCCUGGGUUGCAUGAUUGGUUUAACGCUGUUCGUCGGUGUUGUUAUCGCUAAUUAUUCUGAAAAUAAAGGAACCGCAUUACUCACGGUCGAUCAAAGACGAUGGUGUGAUUUGAAAAAGCGACUGAAAAUCGCACAACCGUUACAUUUACCACCCAGACCAGAUGGAAAAAAAUUCAGGGCAUUUAUCUAUGACAUCACGCAAAAUAUCUAUUUUAAAAGAUUUAUUGCGGUCAUGGUGCUCAUAAACAGUGCUCUUCUGUGUGUCUCUUGGAGAAUCGAGGAAGAACACACGGAAGCACUCGCUACGGUGUCCACGAUUCUGACACUCAUCUUCCUCGUGGAAGUAAUUAUGAAAAAUAUUGCUUUUACACCACGUGGCUAUUGGCAGUCCAGAAGAAACAGAUAUGAUUUGCUCGUGACAGUCGUCGGUGUUAUUUGGAUCGUCAUUCAUUGUACAAUGAAGAAUGAUUUGUCAUAUGUAAUCGGCUUCAUGGUCGUGAUCCUUAGAUUUUUCACAAUCACUGGCAAACAUACAACUCUCAAAAUGCUGAUGUUAACGGUCGGAGUAUCCGUUUGCAAAAGUUUCUUCAUUAUAUUUGGCAUGUUUCUUCUUGUUUUCUUUUAUGCGCUAGCUGGCACGAUCAUCUUUGGAACUGUAAAGUAUGGUGAAGGUAUAGGAAGGCGUGCCAAUUUUGAGUCACCUGUAACAGGCGUCGCGAUGCUCUUCCGUAUUGUCACAGGGGAAGAUUGGAAUAAAAUAAUGCACGAUUGCAUGAUACAACCACCAUAUUGCACUCCAGCUGCUAAUUAUUGGGAAACCGAUUGCGGCAACUUUCAUGCUUCCUUAAUAUAUUUUUGUACUUUCUACGUCAUUAUCACUUACAUUGUUUUAAAUCUUCUGGUGGCUAUUAUUAUGGAGAACUUUUCUCUAUUUUACUCCAAUGAAGAAGACGCUUUGUUAUCGUAUGCUGAUAUUAGAAACUUCCAGAACACUUGGAACGUUGUUGAUAAUCAUCAGAAAGGUUUUAUACCUGUGAAACGGGUGAAGUUUAUUUUAAGAUUAUUGAAAGGUAGAUUGGAAACUGACCCACAGAAGGAUCGGCUUCUCUUCAAACAUAUGUGCUACGAAUUAGAAAAGUUGAACAAUGGUGAAGAUGUUACCUUUCAUGACGUUAUCAACAUGUUAUCCUAUCGUUCGGUUGAUAUUCGAAAAGCUCUUCAGCUUGAAGAAUUAUUGGCAAGAGAGGAGUUUGAAUACAUUAUUGAAGAAGAGGUUGCUAAGCAAACAAUCAGAAAUUGGCUAGAAGGUUGCCUGAAAAAAAUACGUGCUAGUGGGAAGCAACAGAAUAGUCUCGUAGCCGGUCUUCGUGCCAACACUGAACAAGUACAACAACAAGAGCAUGUAGAAGAAAAAGGGAAGGAAGUAGCCAAAGAAGAAGAAACUGAAACAAAGGAGAUUGAUGCAAUCAGGCACUGCAAAGCAAAGAAACCAGUAGUGCUUCCAAGAUCUGAUAGUAUAGGUAGUGGAUCAGGAAGAAAAUAUUUAAUCCCAACACUAUCAGAUCCUGCUUCCAUUAGGUCUGAAAAAGACAAGAGUGCGGCACCUAAGAAGAAGAAUAAUAGACCACCACCGGCGCCGAAAAAUAAUUUGCCACAUCUCACAGAGAGCACCGAGCAAAGCCGACAGCAGCGGGAAGUAGUCAACGCAAAAGCAACUGUACCAAAACCUUCCAGCGUCAUGCUAGAGGUUCGAGAAUGGUGGAAGGAACAGUUGGCAUACAGCAGUGAGUCCAGCGAAGACGAGGUUUAAGUAAACGCUUUUAAACAAAUAGCCGCGGAUAUAAAUUAUAGCGCAGUACAGUAUAAAAAUGGAGCACAUGCUUUUUAGCAUCCUUGGUGAAAAUGUGAAUUAAAUUAAAAAUAAUGCAAAUACAAUUUGUAUUUCGCUGUUGAUUACAUGUGCUUCGUUCUUAACUGUCUACACGAAUAAAACAUUGGUAAAUAAGAAGAAAAAUAUAAGUAUGUGCCUGAAACACCAGCGUUAAAGGUAAGGCAUAAGAGAAGCAUUUUUGAGCACAGAGAAGACAAGGUACAAUUUCUGUAA